CUCUAAAUCCGCCUGUCAGGAAUGGACUUGCCAGUAAUGGUGGGACUCACCUGCCUUGUGGGCUGCAGUACCAGGGCUGGCCAGUGGGUGGUCCCAGCAAUCAGAGACUCAACCCUGCAGCCAGCCAAACACCUGAAGCUGAUUAUGCAGGUGUAUUUAGGGGAUGGCCAGACCUGCAGUCUGCGCCUUGGUGUGGGCCCCUGUAUCUUUUUCCUGGGCCCCUGUGAUCCGGACCUCUUUCUCCUGUUUCAUCCCUGGCUUGUACCCCGACCAUUCUCUGCCUGAUUACCUGUUCCUGUUGUACCUGCCUCCUCCUGUUCCUACCUGCACCUUGAUUCCCGGCCUGUUGCUGAUGCCCUUUGCCACUGUAAGGACCGUCCUUGUUAACGACCGGCCUGCCUGGUACUGACGACGCUUGCA